CACUAAACAUACGUUUCGAUACUAUCACUUUGUUUUCAUUCAACAAAUUUGCUGUGAACUUACACGAAAAAUUACCAAAUCUGAGUUCAAUUUUGGGAAGAAUUCGUUUCGAGCCGAUUUGGUUUGCCAAGCAUAAUGCCCGCGGUCGAAGAGACACAAAUAACAAAGUAUCUAUCAAAGUAUAAGUAUGUGGGUGCAACUAAGAAGGACGUUAUGGAUGUGGUCACAUCGUAUCGCAGCUUGACCUACGACUUGCAAAGAUUCGUAUUCAACGAUGGAAGCUCCAAGGAAUUGUUCACCAUUCAGGGCACCAUUCCCGUAGUCUACAAAAAUAACACCUACUACAUUCCCAUUUGUAUAUGGCUGAUGGACACUCAUCCGCAAAAUGCACCUAUGUGUUUUGUCAAACCCACACCCACCAUGCAAAUAAAGGUCUCCAUGUUCGUGGAUCAAAAUGGAAAGGUCUAUCUGCCCUACCUGCAUGACUGGCAGCCGCACUCCUCCGAUCUUCUCUCCCUCAUCCAGGUUAUGAUCCUCACCUUCGGCGAUCAUCCGCCGGUUUACUCAAAGCCCAAGGAACAAAUUCAAGCGCCAUAUCCCACAAACUCCUAUAUGCCUCAGCCAGGUGGACCCGGUGGCAGCAACUCGUUUUUACCUUAUCCGACAGCUGGCGGAGCUGGUGGCAGCAACUUUCCGCCGUAUCCCACGGGCUCAAACUUCGGACCAUAUCCGCCGGGAGGUGCUGGUCCGGCUGGCCCAUCCGGCUAUCCGCCCUACAUGAAUUUCCCACAACCAGCGGGCGGUGGUUACCCACCAGCUGGGGGAUAUAACCCCUCUAAUCCUAGCUCCACGGGCACCAUAACCGAGGAACACAUCAAAGCAUCACUCAUCAGCGCCGUGGAGGACAAGCUACGUCGUCGUAUUCAAGAGAAGGUUAAUCAGUAUCAGGCCGAGAUCGAAACUCUCAAUCGAACCAAACAGGAGUUGGUCGAGGGCAGUACGAAGAUCGAUGCCAUUAUCUCGCGACUCGAGCGCGAACAGGUUGAUCUGCAGAAGAACAUCAGUGUUCUGAAGGACAAGGAGCAGGAGCUGGAAAAGAGCCUGGAAACACUGGAGAGCGCUGAGGCCAUUGAUCCCGACGAGGCUGUGACCACCACAGCACCGCUGUACCGACAAUUACUCAAUGCCUACGCCGACGAGGCGGCCACCGAGGAUGCCAUCUACUAUCUGGGCGAAGGGCUUCGCAGCGGAGUCAUCGAUCUAGAUACUUUUCUCAAGCACGUUCGCCAGCUGUCCCGGAAACAGUUUAUCCUUAGGGCCACCAUGCAGAAGUGCAGACAAAAGGCCGGUCUGGCCGGAUAGAAAAGCGAGGGUUUUAAAUGUUGCAAUGAUUUCUUAUUCGACGGCAGAGUGCGUGCUCGUGUAGACGAUUUAUAUGUUAGCGUAAUAUAUAUUCGAUAUUGUUUUUAAGCGCAAAUUGAAUCUUUGAAAUUGGAAUUACAUUAACCUUAAUAAUAAAAAGGCCUCUUGUACGUUUACGCCCACGAA